AUGCCCUACAGGAGGAAGAAGCCAUGCUUCCUACAGGAGGAAGAAGCACCACAUGUGAAAGCCCUAAGACUCACCUCGGCCCCAGAGUGGCUACCGCCAUGGCUAGCCAGUCCAUCGAGCAGCUUGCUGCAUGCCAUGAAGUGGGCCUCUGAGAAGGUGUCCAAGGCCCACAAGCAGAAGAACCAGAGGCUGAAGCAGGCCAAAGAAGCAGCUCAGACUGAAAUUGAACAAUACUGCCUGCAAAGAGAAAAGGAGUUCAAGGCCAUGGAAGAUGUGGCUCUGGGAUCCCCAGGCAGCUGCAGCAUGGAAGUGGACAAGGAGACCCAUGAGAAGAUGACCAUCCUCCAGACCUUUUUCCAGCAGAACAGGGAUGAAGUCCUGCAGCACCUCUUGGCCUUUGUCUUUGACACCUGGCCAGAAAUGCAUGAAAAUGGAUAG